ACCGGGCUGAAGUCAUCAGAGAGCAAACCGAAGUGAGUGAAUGGGUACUGCACGCGAAGCAGAAAAGAGCUGAAACUAUACGCAGAGAUUUGUUCGAGUUUCGUUUCGAAGGCAAUAGCAGGCGUGUAUCAACAAAACACACAUUUCCAAACCCAUCGAAACUUGGCACUCUGUAUGACACUUAAAGGUUCUGCUGUGUCGGCCUUCGAGUUUUAGUGUUGGCUUCUCAGUUAGAUGCUGAGAUGACGCGAUGACCUCCUCCUCGCAGGGCACAAUAAAGUAGCCCUCACACCUGGACGCCCGGAGUACCUUCACACGGAAUCGGUGUGGACCACUGGAAGAGGACAAAUUAUUUUAUUUUUUAUCACCAUGUUAGUUGCAUUUCUGCUCUGCGUUUUUCCUUAGUCCCGUGACGGUGGAGGAUAAAAUAACGGGUAAUGUUGUGGGAAUACGUUCUAUCACAGUGGAUACCUGCUUUGGUCGAGCAUUGUGGCACGUAUGAGGAUUCUAUCCAGAAUGUUACUGUCUGAGCGGCCCAGGUACCAUUGGGCCAUUGUACAUCACAUAUCUCUCACUUCUGCACAAGGGUGCUGGAGAUUCAGCUCAUUCUAGGAAUUAUACAACAAUCUCCCUCUGAAAAACACCGGAUUUUAAAUAAAAAAUUCGCGGACAUUGACAUUGGCUAUUCACGUAUCAUCUCCGGGUUACUAUGCAAUUACAACUGCUCUCCAUUGUGUUAAUCUUGCACUGCAUAGAAUACACUGGUUGUCAGCAACACACCUCCAGGCACCGGCAACAUAAACCAUUACCGGGGGUGUGCCAGGGCGGCUGUUUGACCUGCUCUGAUUACAAUGGCUGCCUGUCCUGCAAGCCUCGCUUCUUCAUCUUUCUGGAGAGGAAUGGGAUGAGGCAGAUCGGAGUGUGUCUGCUCUCUUGUCCCAGUGGCUUCUACGGCACACGCUCACCUGACAGGAACAUAUGCACCAAGUGUGGGCCCGAGUGUGAUUCCUGCUUCAACAAGAACUUUUGCAUGCGCUGUCGAGCAGGCUACUAUCUGCAUCAGGGGAAAUGCCAGGAGAACUGUCCAGAAGGACUGGUCCGCAGUGACACACAGAGGGAGUGUGUUUCCAGUUGUCCUGCAGAGUGUGACACGUGCGUGAACAGUGACACCUGUACAAGAUGCAGGUCCACCUUUUACUUACAGCAGGGUCAGUGCAACCAAGUCUGUCCUGAGGGGUUUGAGCCUAAUGACAAACUAAUGGAGUGCACCCAUCAAGUGCAUUGUGAGAUGAGUGAGUGGAGCGAAUGGAGCCCUUGCUCCAACUCUGGGAGAACCUGUGGAUUUAAAUGGGGGGAGGAAACAAGGACCAGGAAGGUCAUCCUACACCCCUCCCACCUAGGCCAACCCUGCCCCCCCAUCUCUGAGACAAAAGAAUGCAUCGUCAAAAAGAGAAGAUGUCCAGGAGACAAGAGAAAGGGAGAGCGGCGGGGAGAGAAAAGGAACCGGAACAACAGGAGAGACAAGGAGGGCCAUGAGGGCCGGAAAGAGAGGAAAAAAGAGAAAGAGCAAGAACGUGAAAGGGACACGGGUGAUCGAGAGGACUCUGAAAAAAGGAACAAGACAGAGCACAGGCGCCGGCGAGGCCAGAACAUAGACCCUGUUUCUCCCAGCCCGACACAGUAGCAAGCGCUCUGGGGCCCAGUCUCCUUUGAUCUCCACCUCCUCUGCCCCCCUCUUUCUUCACCCUUCCCCCCCCCUCGCCCCCCUCAACCCCCUACUGGAGGGGUGCUGCUGCUACCUGUAUAAUUUAACUAUAAUACUGUAUAUGCACAAGAGAGACGGGGCACAUGGUACUAGGGACACUACUGACUUUGAGGAUCCACACACACACACACACAACUCAACAACUACCCCAACACAAACACAGACAUACACACACAUACACAAUGCAAAGGAAGGAAGGGUAUCUCCUAUUUCUGUUUCUUUGUAGUUCAAACAGCGUGAUUGGAUGACUGUAUAGUAAAGAAAGAUAUAGGAUAGAUACCGUGUCAGUAUGGGGACAAUAUUGUUGGGACAAUGCUUGUUUAUGGUUAUUUAAAACGGGACCCACAAAUUUUAUGUCUUGUUUUUAAUGUACGUUUGUGACAUUAAGUAGAAUUGUUGUUGUUGUUGCUGUUCUUUAGAUGUUAUCGUGUUUUUUAGUUAUUUUUUUAUUUUUUUGCUGAGUAAAUUAAAAGUGAACUUUCCUAUUUUCAUCGUAAGACAUCACCUACAGAUAGAGAAGAAAUGCGGAUACUGCAUGGAGAUAUGAGGCAAAUAGACUCACGUUUAUUUUGAUUCCGAGAACACUUAUCCCAGCUUACAUGGCCAUGUUUAUUAUGUGUCUCCUGAACAAAGUACUAGUGUGCCUAUCAGUGUGAGCAGGAUCUGUGCUUUCAAUAAACCCACCUAAACAGAACUCAAAAGCACCUGUAUGUCCAAUAAACUAUAAUGGGU